AUGCCGACUCCUCAAAUCCUCCUCACCGGCGCCACUGGUUACGUCGGUGGUACGAUUCUCACGAAUCUUCUCAAUUCGUCUUCCCCUACCCUCCGCUCUGCCACCAUCACCUGCCUCGUCCGCGGAGCCGACCGCGCCGCCACCCUCAACAACACCUACAACAACAGUGGUGGGGACAGCCCGCGAGUCCGCGCAAUCGUCUACGCCGACCUCGACGACCUCGAAGCCACGACGGCCGCCGCGGCGCAAGCCGACCUCGUCAUCAACGCCGCGCUCGGGUUCCACGCCGCGUCCGCGCUGGCGCUGCUGCAGGGGCUAGCGCAGCGCAAGGCUCGGACCGGCAACGACGACGACGUCUGGCUCUUGCACCUGUCGGGCACGUCGAACGUGGCGGACCGCGCCCUCUCGGGCGCGUGGACGGAGAGCAAGCGCGAGUUCGACGACGGCGUCGACGACGUGUACGCGUGGGAGAAGCGCGUCGAGGCGGCGCACCCGUACGUGCAGCGCGGCGCCGAGCUCGCCGUCGUCGACGCCGGCCUGGAGCUCGGCGUCAAGACGCUGGUCGUCAUGCCGCCCACCAUCUACGGCCGCGGGACGGGCCUGUUCAACAGGCAGAGCGUGCAGGUGCCGGCGUAUGUUAAAGCAGCGUUGGCGCGGGGCAGGCCCGUGGUGAUGGGCGAGGGUAAGGGGGCGUGGGAUCAUGUGCAUGUGGAGGAUUUGGCAGAGUUGUACGAGUUGCUUGUUGUGGAGGUGUUGGAGAGGAGUGGGGCACACCUGCCGACGGGGAAGAAUGGCAUUAUCUUCAGUGCAAACGGACGACACUCCUGGCUGGAAGUUGCUGAAGCGGUCGCGGAGGUGUGCUGCGAGGAGGGGAGGAUAAAGGAUACGCAGGUGGAGAGUGUUGGAGUACCAGAGGGGACGAGGAUCUUCGCGGAGGCGUAUCUGGGGCAUGCGGACGAGGAGAUGGUGGAACUGGGGUUGGCGAGCAAUGGGAAAACGAUCCCGAGCGUUGCGAAGAGAUUGGGUUGGAAACCAACCAGAGGACAUGGAGAGUGGAUGAAGGGGCUGAGGGAGGAUAUCAGGACGGCGUUGGAGACCCACCACUAA